AUGAUAAAUAGUUUGAUUGUUUUUUUCUAUUUUAGUCAAGAAAGAGAGUUAUGGGAGACAAAAUUAGCUCAUAUCAUUCAUACAAAUAAUUCACCUAGUCAGAACUCUUCCAGAAAUGGACAAGUUUGUGGCCAUCGACGAAAUUUCUCAAUACCCGAUAAUUUUAAUCCUUUAAGCGCCAACCCUCACUAUAAAAGAGUUCAAGGAGAUGGAGCAGAUAAUUCUAUAGUUUCCUCCAUUGAAUCUGACACAGAAUCAGAUCAUGCAGUUAGAAAUUGCUCUAUAAGUCGUAAUGGUAGUGAGCACUAUUCAUUGGCAGAUGAAGAAACUUCUAAGAAAUCUGCACAUCGAGUUACUAUACCCACUUUGGAACAGCUUCUUAAUCAUUCUAAUCAAUAUUCAUCAUAUGAAAAUACUUCAUCUCAACUUUCUAGCAAAUCGUUUCAAGAAGUUCGUAAUGUACAGCCUAAUCAAUCAACUGGUUUACAGCUUGCUUUAACCACUCAACAACGUCGAGUUGAAUAUCUUUCUGAAUUAUUAAGUGAAAGUGAAAUGCAAGUAACUCGUUUAUUUGAACAAAACAAAGUGUUGAAAGAAGAAAUUCGACGUCUUGAAAACAACUCCAAUCCUACUACAUUAAAAGUACAAAGUACAGAAAAUGAAGAUAUUCUGGAAUCGAACAAUAGUGUAUUGGCUGAACAUUUGAAAAAUAUUUUACUUAAAAUUAUCACACUGCCCAAACAAUCCUCAGAACGUAAUCAUCUUAUGCAUGCGUUGGCUACAUUUCUUUCUUUAAAACCAAACGAAUUGGAAUUAUUAGAAGAAGGUUUAAAUCAUAGUGUUAUUUGUGUUUCAUCUAAUCAACAACAAAAUCCUGCUUCCUCUAAUUGGAGUAGUUAUAUUUCUGCAGUUUGGCGUCCGUAA